UAUAAAAGCCCCACCCAGCCCAGCCGGGCUGCUCCGCUUCAAGGGAGGCUCUCAGCGAUAGGUGGCCGGCCCAGCUUUUUCUUUUCUUCAAAAUGUCUACUGUCCACGAAAUCCUGUGCAAGCUCAGCUUGGAGGGUGAUCAUUCUACACCCCCAAGUGCCUACGGGUCAGUCAAACCCUACACCAACUUCGAUGCUGAGAGGGAUGCUCUGAACAUUGAGACAGCAGUCAAGACCAAAGGAGUGGAUGAGGUCACCAUUGUCAACAUCCUGACAAACCGCAGCAAUGUGCAGAGGCAGGACAUUGCCUUCGCCUAUCAGAGAAGGACCAAAAAGGAGCUCCCGUCAGCGCUGAAGUCAGCCUUAUCUGGCCACCUGGAGACGGUGAUUUUGGGCCUAUUGAAGACACCUGCCCAGUAUGAUGCUUCGGAACUAAAAGCUUCCAUGAAGGGCCUGGGGACUGACGAGGACUCCCUCAUUGAGAUCAUCUGCUCACGAACCAACCAGGAGCUGCAAGAGAUCAACAGAGUGUACAAGGAGAUGUACAAGACUGAUCUGGAGAAGGACAUCAUCUCUGACACAUCUGGAGACUUCCGAAAGCUGAUGGUCGCCCUUGCCAAGGGCAGACGAGCAGAGGAUGGUUCAGUUAUUGACUACGAGCUGAUUGACCAGGAUGCCCGGGAGCUCUAUGAUGCCGGGGUGAAGAGGAAAGGAACUGAUGUCCCCAAGUGGAUCAGCAUCAUGACUGAGCGCAGUGUGUGCCACCUCCAGAAAGUGUUCGAAAGGUACAAGAGCUACAGCCCUUAUGACAUGCUGGAGAGCAUCAAGAAAGAGGUCAAAGGGGACCUGGAGAACGCCUUCCUGAACCUGGUCCAGUGCAUCCAGAACAAGCCCCUGUACUUCGCUGACCGACUGUACGACUCCAUGAAGGGCAAGGGGACUCGAGACAAGGUCCUGAUUAGAAUCAUGGUCUCUCGCAGUGAAGUGGACAUGCUGAAAAUCAGAUCUGAAUUCAAGAGGAAAUAUGGCAAGUCCCUGUACUACUACAUCCAGCAAGACACCAAGGGUGACUACCAGAAGGCACUGCUGUACCUGUGUGGUGGGGAUGACUGAAGGGCUCAGCACAGUGGAUCACCCAGAAGUGGCUCUACCUGUGCCCCAACCUGAUGUUCUAGAGACUCCGCUCUCCACUAAUGGACCCCUGAGCUCCUCCCUGUGAGGAUGACAACAGGGCCACCGACCCUUUCCCCAUCUUAGCUGCCCUUGCCUGGCUUUCUCCUCAUUCUCUUCCUUUAUGCCAAAGAAGUGAACAUUCCAGGGAGUGGGGCGUAGCGUCUGUGACAUGAGACACUUCCUCUUAUGUACUGUGUCGUGAAUAAACCGUUUUUACUUUAGAAACAA